AGAAAAUAUUCAGCGAAUAGUGGCGACAUCUGUGUGGAGAAAUUUGUAACUGUUUGUAACAAAUUGCAAAUGGCGAACAAUGGCGGAUUUACACUGUUCUUGGCAGUUCCGUGUCGGUUUUUUUUUGCAGUUUAAUUCGAGUGUCGCAAAGUGUCGGGGUGGUUUUACUUUCGUUAUUUGUAAAGAUUUCUCGCGACAUGAAACGUGAAUCGCAAUACUUUUCUCUUCGGUGCACUAGUUUUUUCAAUACAAGAUGCCGAGGAAGAAGAAGAAAGAAAAUGUGCGUCUCAAUUUUUUCACCGUAGUGGAAGUUUCUGCAGAUCGCUCAAUUGUCAAUUGGUAAUUAGUAAUUACACAUCGCACAGUACUUCAUACUUGUUCUUUCAUCGAAAAAAACGGAUUAUCAUCCAACGAAAGAUGAAUGCGGUGUGUAGAUGUAAUGGAGGACAUAAUGUUAACGACCACUGAGGCAAACUUCACGGAAUACGAUUUUCAUAAAAUAGCCACAAAUGUUUAUCAAAAUUGGAGUAAUAUUUCAUGCGAGGAACUCUUCUCAAACAGCAAAACUGUACUCUCAGUCACAUGGUUUCAGAUGACAAUUUACUUUUUGUACACGACCGUAUUUGUAGUUGCAUUAGUUGGUAAUGGACUGGUGUGUUAUGUUGUAAUCAGUAGUCCCCGAAUGAAAACGGUGACAAAUUAUUUUAUCGUUAAUUUGGCCGUCGGCGAUAUACUCAUGGAUCUUUUUUGUGUGCCAACAACUUUCUUCAGUACAUUGGUACUUCAAUAUUGGCCGUUUGGUUCGAAACUUUGUCCCGGCGUCAAUUAUUCUCAGGCAGUGUCAGUUUUAGUGAGUGCCUACACAUUGGUGGCCAUAAGUAUAGAUCGUUAUAUUGCGAUUAUGUGGCCAUUGAGGCCACGAAUGUCGAAAACACAUGCUAAGCUACUUAUCCUUGCAGUGUGGUUGCUUGCCCUAAUUGUUUCUUUUCCAAUCGCUGUUGUUUCUAAGCUGGAUCAACCGGCUGAUCGAUAUGUUGCAUGUGAUCGAUACAUGUGUGAGGAAAUGUGGCCCUCGCCACAACAAAGGUAUUAUUAUUCAAUUUCUUUACUGGUCCUGCAAUAUCUGGUGCCUCUUUUAGUAAUGAUGUUUACGUAUACCAGUAUCGCGAUAAUGGUGUGGGGUAAACGACCUCCAGGUGAGGCGGAAAACACUAGAGAUCAAAGGAUGGCUAAAUCAAAGAGGAAGAUGGUGAAAAUGAUGAUGACUGUCGUGACAGUCUUUACAAUUUGCUGGUUGCCCUUCAAUGUUUUGAUAUUGGCAGUGGAGAGGAACGAAUAUCUGCCCAGAUGGCAAGGUUUUCCAUUCCUGUUCACGGCACUUCAUUGGCUCGCAAUGUCACAUUCUUGUUACAAUCCUGUAAUAUAUUGUUGGAUGAACGCCAGAUUUCGAGCAGGUUUUCUGACCGCUCUCAGCAGAUUUCCAGGCGCUGGACUUUGCAUUCCAGACGCUGAGCAAAGAAUGUUUACCAGCACAGCUGGUAUUCCAUUAACAGGCGUUGAUGGACAAUAUUAUCCGGGUUUAAGAAGAAUGAACACAUGUACCACCUACGUUAGCAUGCGGCGAAAGAUAAAUGGAAGUGAAACACCUGUCGCUAGAAGCGCCAGUUUUCGCUACAACGAUUCCCUACAAACAACCUAUCAACAACCUCAUCGUCGUUUUUUGAAUAUGACAUCGCAGCCCGAAGAACAAAUAUAAAAUGCAACAUAAUAUUUUGUAUCAUCAUCAUCAGCAUCAUCAUCAUCAUCAUUAUCAUCAACGUCAUCUUUACUCUACACUGGAAAAAAAAAAUUUAUUUCAUUCAAAUAACCAAUUGUCUAUUAUCAAAUAAAUAUUUACUU